AAAUUCCAGGUCUGACGGAGAGGAAAGAACAAGUCCAGCAAUACACAGAGCUCUGUGUAUUCAGAGGGAAGUUGGCAGAGUUGUAUUCAGGCAGAAAAACUCCAAGUGGUACAAAGGGACGUGCCCAGAGUGGAGAAAUCAUGCUAAUUGUCUGCACCAGAGCUGGAGAAUGCCACCCAAAAUGAAGAGAGAAAGGGGAGCCCCGUCCAGAGCCUCCAGGGCCCUGCGCCUGACUCCUUUUGUCUACCUUCUUCUGAUCCAGACAGACCCCCUAGAAGGAGUGAACAUCACCAGCCCAGUGCGUCUGAUCCAUGGUAUUGUAGGGAAGGCAGCUCUGCUCUCCGUGCAAUACAGCAGCACCAGCAGCGACAAGCCUGUGGUGAAGUGGCAGCUGAAGCGAGACAAGCCAGUGACUGUAGUGCAGUCCAUUGGCACAGAGGUCAUUGGCACUCUGAGACCUGACUAUCGAGAUCGAAUUCGACUCUUUGAAAAUGGCUCCUUACUUCUCAGUGACCUGCAGCUGGCCGACGAGGGCACCUAUGAGGUCGAGAUCUCCAUCACUGAUGAUACCUUCACUGGGGAGAAGACCAUCAACCUCACUGUAGAUGUGCCCAUUUCAAGGCCACAGGUCUUAGUGGCUUCGACCACUGUGCUGGAGCUCAGCGAGGCCUUCACCCUGAACUGCUCACAUGAGAACGGCACCAAACCCAGCUACACCUGGUUGAAGAAUGGCAAGCCCCUCCUCAACGACUCGCGUAUGCUCCUGUCUCCGGACCAAAAGGUGCUCACCAUCAUCCGUGUGCUCAUGGAGGAUGACGACCUCUACAGCUGUGCGGUGGAGAACCCCAUCAGCCAGGGUCGCAGCUUGCCUAUCAAGAUUACUGUGUACAGGAGAAGCUCCCUCUACAUCAUCUUGUCUAUGGGAGGCAUCUUCCUCCUUGUGACCUUAGUGACAGUCUGUGCCUGCUGGAAACCCUCCAAGAAAUCUAGGAAGAAGAGGAAGCUGGAGAAACAAAACUCCCUGGAAUACAUGGAUCAGAAUGAUGACCACCUAAAACCAGAAGAUACUCUACCACGCAGUGGAGAGCAGGAGCGGAAGAACCCCAUGGCGCUCUAUAUCCUGAAGGACAAGACGAAACUUUAUUGUACUUUCCAAGUCUACCUGACACCCCAUUUGCACUUCCCAGAAGCCCGUUCACAGUCAGAGUUGAAGAUGCUCCUGAAGGCUUUAUUUUCAAUGUUGCUAAGAUACUCUUAGGCUUUGUAAUACCAUUAAUACUAACUUUGAUAUUAACUUUUCAAUUUCCCAGUCAAAAUUAAAAGCCUUCUAAUAAGUUUUAACUUGUGCCAUUUUUAAGAUACCUAAUACAACAUUUGACAAUACUAGAAGUUGAAAAUUUUGCAGUAUAUUAACAAUAAAUAGAUGAGUAGUCAUACACUUCAAAUUUAGAAAGUAAAGAUGUUUAUGAUUCUAGCAAACACAUAAUUAAAUCAUAUAUCUAGGUGUGAGUGGAUAUUUGAUGGUGUUAAUCAAGUUCAUUCCAUUUUAGAAAUUGGAAAAUAAUGCCCCCUAAAUGUGCUAAAUAUGGAAGGAAAAAAUAAAACUGCAUUUAA